UCGCAGAAGCGCAUCUCUCCGGAUAUUCUCUUCAGUUCGUCUUUUGAGCGCUUCUCCUGUCUCCAGUCCUUUCUCUCGUCCUUUCUGUCCUCUGCUCCUUUAAUCCGUGCCGCAUUAAAAGAAAGGGAAAAAGGGGGAGAGGGCGCAGAGAGAAUAGUGCACCGGUCCCCUGAAUCAUUCCAGAUGGCUGCCUCUGAAUCACUGGAUGAGAUUGGGUUCUCGGGUUCAGAGCUGUAAGGAGCUGGUGCUUCGGAGAGAAAGGCGGCUCUGGUGUGACAACUCAGCAGUGCCUCAGGAUCGGCUGUAGGUUUGUUGGAAGUCAGGCGAAAUCUCAGGACAUGGAGGGUUGUUAGUUCGAUUAAGGAGUAAGAGAGUUGCUUUGAGCGCAGCUGCUAACUUCUGGUGAACAUUUUGUCUCAUUUGCAAUCAAAAACUCCUUAAGUGGCCUGUAAUUGGAAGCAAAAUUGCCAUUUUGUGAGAUGGUCACAUGACUGCAGCAUGAUUACCAAAAAAGCCAAUUUGCAGCUUUAGCCCUGCUCAGUGAACAAUCAGAGACUCCCACCCACACACACUCCCACACAUGUGCGCCGUUUGCCAUGAAUCUGGCCACCAAGCUGCGGAGGAAUUUGAGGAGGCUGGUCAUCCUCCUCGCCACCUUCUGUUUUGUCAGUGUUUUAGUCUCCGCCUACUACCUUUACACAGGCUCCACCCAAGAACUGGACCUCGCAGACCGCGCCAUAGGUCCAGACUGUGCCGACCUCCGUGUGCUCCCCUUCCGACAGUCAGAGCCUCGGACGGCUAAACCUAUUGAUCCAUCCCGUAAAGACCCAGUGGUGCUGGUGUUUGUGGAGAGUCAGUAUUCUCAACUAGGACAGGACAUCAUAGCCAUUCUUGAAUCUAACCAAUUCCGCUACCAUGCCGAAAUCGCACCAGGUAAGGGUGACAUCCCACCACUAACACACAAAGGCCGUGGACGCUAUGCACUAGUCAUCUAUGAGAAUCUUCUCAAGUAUGUUGGAAUGGACGCAUGGAACCGUGACCUGCUGGAUAAAUACUGUGCAGAAUACAGUGUUGGUGUCAUCGCAUUUCACCGUGCUAGUGAAAAUUCUCAGCCUGCACUGCAACUCAAGGGUUUCCCUCUGACAUUAAGGACAAAUGUUGCACUUCGAGACUGCUGUGUAAACCCACGCUCUCCUCUACUCUACAUAACACGGGCAGAAGAGGACAGAGGGCAAUUACCGGGAGACGAUUGGACUGUCUUUCAGUUCAACCACUCCACGUAUGAACCAGUGCUCUUGGCUAAAACUCGGACCAGUGAGAGUGGGGCAGCCCAAAUGAUACCUGGUCCACAUGGUCUCCAUGCUACAGUUGUGCAGGACUUGGGUUUGUUUGAUGGGGUGCAGCGUGUGUUGUUUGGUCACGGGCUGAGCUACUGGUUGCACAGACUCAUAUUGGUGGAUGCCAUCGCCUAUCUCACUGGCAAGAAGCUAUCACGAUCUCUGGAGCGGUAUAUCCUGGUUGACAUAGAUGAUAUUUUCGUGGGGAAGAAAGGGACAAGAAUGAAUGUAAAUGAUGUAAAGGCUCUUCUGGAAACACAGACCAUGUUGAGGUCAUACAUCUCAAACUUUACCUUCAACCUGGGCUUUUCUGGGAAAUUCUUCCACACAGGUACGCAGGAGGAAGAUGAUGGAGAUGAUCUGUUGUUGAAAUAUGUCGAUGAGUUCUGGUGGUUUCCUCAUAUGUGGAGUCACAUGCAGCCUCAUCUCUUCCAUAAUGAAUCCUCUCUCAUGGAACAAAUGAUCUUAAACAAAGACUUCGCUUUGGACCAUGGUAUUCCAGUAGAUCUGGGAUAUGCAGUGGCCCCUCAUCACUCUGGUGUGUACCCAGUCCAUAUUCAGCUGUAUGAGGCUUGGAAGAAAGCCUGGGGAAUACAAGUGACCAGUACAGAAGAAUACCCACACCUCAAACCCGCACGCCACCGCAAGGGAUUCAUCCAUAAUGACAUCAUGGUGCUGCCCCGUCAGACAUGUGGCUUAUUCACACACACCAUCUUCUAUAAGGAAUAUCCGGGAGGCCCUAAAGAACUGGACAAAAGCAUACGAGGAGGAGAGCUGUUUCUGACCGUCCUACUCAACCCUAUCAGUAUAUUUAUGACUCAUCUCUCCAAUUAUGGGAAUGACCGCUUGGGACUAUAUACGUUCACUAACUUGGCUAACUUUCUGAAAUGCUGGACCAACCUGAGACUACACACACUUCCUCCACUGCAGCUCGCACACAAGUACUUCACACUCUUUCCAGAGCAGAGACACCCACUCUGGCAGAACCCAUGUGAUGAUAAACGGCAUAAGGACAUCUGGUCCAAAGAGAAGACUUGUGACAGACUGCCUAAGUUCAUCGUGGUCGGACCUCAGAAAACAGGCACAACAGCACUCUACCUCUUUCUGAUCAUGCACCCCUUCAUUUCCAGCAAUUUUCCAAGUGUGAAAACUUUCGAAGAAGUUCAGUUUUUCAACACCAACAAUUACCACAAAGGGAUCGACUGGUAUAUGGAGUUCUUUCCUGUACCUUCAAAUGUCAGCACAGACUUCCUGUUUGAGAAGAGCGCAAACUACUUCCCCUCAGAGGAGACGCCCAAACGAGCCGCUGCCCUGCUGCCCAAAGCCAAGAUCCUCACUCUGCUCAUCAACCCUUCAGACAGGGCAUACAGCUGGUAUCAGCAUCAGCGGGCUCAUGAAGACCCAGCAGCAUUGCAGUUCAGUUUCUAUGAGGUCAUUUUAGCUGACCAGCUCGCUCCACCUGAACUGCGCUCUCUACAGAACCGUUGUCUCAUACCUGGACUCUACGCAACACACCUGGAGAGAUGGCUCACAUACUACCCUCCAAAUCAACUGAUGAUUAUAGAUGGACAGCAGUUAAGGAAUGACCCAGCUAAAGUGAUGGACGAGCUACAGAAGUUUCUGGGUGUUACUCCUUAUUACAACUACUCCCAGGCACUCAUGUUUGAUCCUCAGAAGGGCUUCUGGUGCCAGCUGCUGGAGGGGGGUAAGACUAAGUGUUUGGGGAAGAGCAAGGGCCGCAAAUACCCACCCAUGGACUCUGAGUCACGAGCCUUUCUCUCCAGGUUCUACAGGGAGCAGAACAUUGAAUUGUCUAAGUUGCUACACAGAUUGGGUCAACCUCUUCCAGCCUGGCUCAGAGAGGAACUACAGAAGGUCAGGUAGCCCUAACCAAACAACUGCUCCUCGGGGUCAAAGCUCCAGGUUCACACCUCCAAUCGAACUAGACAUUUGAAAAGUACUCAAUGCCUCCUACAUGCAAGCUUGCGGAGCAAAGGUUGAAAAAAAUGCAACUCACCAAACAUGGGUGCCUCUGGAAAUCUAAUGUGUCCAUGGCAACAUGACAUAUUUGCUGCAAAAGGUAACCUUUUGAAAAAGACACAACAGGCGGUGAGAUACGAUCAUGUAACUGUGACCCUUGAACAUGCAGCCGAGUAAUGACUGCACAAAGACUUCAUAUCUGAAAAAAGCCCCCACAGACCUCCACCUAUAUAUACUAUCAUUUCCCCUAUCAGACACUGGACAUAAAGUUACUGCUUUAGAUUUUAUACUUCAUGGAUAUAGAACUGAAUUAGUCAAUGUCUGGCACAACCACUGUUCAUAACCUCACUCUUGCAAAUAUAUCAGUCAAUCAAUCAGCCAGGCAAAGUAAGGAUGCAAAAUUGUAAGAAUCACUAAUGGAAAAUAAAGAGCACAGUCCUGUUGGAGUCUUUCAGCUUGCUGCAUCGGCUGUAAACUGGUCAAUGCAGUGAUGUCAUUAUGAUGUCAAAGUCUCAGUCCACAAUUUGACCUGAAGAGUGAGAAUCAUUUGAGUGUCAUUGUGUAUGUAUGUGCAAGGGUAAAAACAUGUCUGCGUGCAUGUAUGUGUGUGUGUGUGUGUGUGUGUGUGUGUGUGUGUGUAGCCAGGUAGCCUUAGCUCUGCCCACUGGACUGCAACUGGUUGGCUGAUGAAUUUAAAGUGUGACUUUUAUUUUUGAAAACAAUUUGCCUCAAUACAGUGAGAAAGUGCUUUGAAAAUAUGUAAAUAACUAUAUAUAUAUUCAAUAAA